CUGUGAAGUAAAAUAAAUAUUGUAAUCAGAAAUAACUGUUUAUUAUGAUUUACGAGCAUUCUAUUACUAUCAUAAGUAUAAUUUUAUUAAAGAGGACUAAUAAUAACUAGAAAAUAAGUGUAAUAAAUAGGCUAAGCUGCAGUUAGAUCAUGGAGGAGACUGAUGAAAAUCUACAUCGAUUAGAAGGCACUUCAGGCGAUGCUCUUGGAGGAUUAAUAAUUAAGAAAAGGGAGAAUCCAGCUGAGUUUCAAUUCGCUAAGCCUUCAUUAUUAGGCUUAGACAAGUUAGCGGCGACUAAACGAAAGCAAAAUCGACUAAUUUCAUUUCAAACAGAGACUUACGAAGCCGAUGAUGUAGGGGAAAAUAGCUAUAAUACUGCUCAAAAAGAACGUAAAUAUCGACGGCACAAUGAAGAAACACCGACCUAUACCGGUGGGCUCUCUGAAGAAGCUAGAAAACGUAUGCUUGAACGGAUGCAAAAGAAAGAAAAAAUAAAAGAAAAAGGUGUGCAUAAUUCUACAGAUGAAGAGAAAAAAUCCAGAUCUGAUGAUGAUGCCUAUAUCGAGAAAUACAGAAGGCGUGAUAAGGACAGGAGAUAUGACAAAAGAGAUAGAGAUAGACGAGAUAGAGACAGAAAAUCUGAUGAGAAUGAUAGAGACAGAAGCGAUAGGAGAACUGACCGGGACAGUUCUAGGAGAAGUUACUAUGAACCUCGUUUCAAGGAUGAGCCAAGGACUCCAAGCAUCAAAGCUUUAAAACCUACUGACAAGACAGCAUGGGAUGAUGAUGAUGAGGAUCCAAAAGCUAUGCGAAAAUCAAGUUGGGAUUUCCCCACACCAAAGCCAAGAGAAACUGGUGAUCGUUCUGAUCGUAGUGAUAGAAAACCAUCUAGAGAUUAUAAGGGAAGGUUAUAUGAAGAUACUCCGAGAGCCACACCUCAUAAAUGGGUCAGUUCUAGACGUGGCUUAGAUGUUGACGAUCCUGAAUGGCAGGAAGCGGAGAAGAAAUUAGAUAGAGCUUGGUAUAAUAUGGGUGAAGGUGAAACAGAUGAGUCGGAUCCAUUUGCUGGCACCUCAUCAGAGUACAUAGCAAAGAAGGAAGAGCAAAUAGAGAAGAAGAGAAACAGGAAGGUCUCAGCUGCAAGACAGCAGAUAGAUAAGGACAAUGAGCUGUGGGAGAGGAACAGAAUGCUUACGAGUGGUGUCGUGCAUUCUAUCAAUGUUAACAAUGAUCUGGAUGAGGAAAGCGUAGACCGCGUACACUUGCUUGUACACAAUAUAGUGCCACCGUUCCUGGAUGGACGCAUCGUAUUUACAAAGCAACCAGAGCCUGUCAUACCGGUGAAAGACCCCACAUCUGACAUGGCCUUAAACGCACGCAAAGGAUCUGCGUUGGUAAAGGCAUUCCGAGAACAGAAGGAGAGGAGGAAGGCGCAGAAGAAACAUUGGAAGUUGGAGGGAACAAAAAUAGGUAAUAUCAUGGGUGUGCAGAAGGAGCAGGAGGAGCUAGAAGAUGGACCCACGAAGCAAGCCUACAAAUAUGCUGAACACUUAGAUAAUGAAACCGAACCGGAGUCAAAAUCUGAUUUCGUGAAGAAGAAGUCGAUAACGGAGCAGCGCAGGUUCCUGCCUGUGUUUGCGGCGAGGGAGGAACUGAUGCAGGUCAUCAGGGAGAACAGCGUCAUCAUUAUUGUUGGUGAGACGGGCAGCGGGAAGACCACCCAACUGACGCAGUAUCUUCACGAGGACGGGUACAGCCGCCUGGGCACCAUCGGGUGCACGCAGCCGCGUCGUGUGGCCGCCAUGUCGGUGGCCAAGCGGGUCGCGGACGAGAUGGGCGUCCGACUUGGCGAGGAUGUCGGGUACGCAAUUCGUUUUGAGGACUGCACAUCGCCGCAGACCGUGAUCAAGUACAUGACUGACGGGAUCCUGCUCCGCGAGGGUCUGCGAGAGCCCGACCUGGACAACUACUGCGCCAUCAUCAUGGACGAAGCUCACGAGCGCUCCCUAUCCACUGAUAUGCUGUUUGGUCUGCUCAGAGAGGUGGUGGCCCGGCGAACCGACUUAAAGCUGAUCGUGACCUCGGCCACGAUGGACUCUUCGAAGUUCGCUACGUUCUUCGGUAAUGUGCCCACCUUCACCAUCCCCGGGCGCACCUUCCCUGUCGAGACAUUCUACGCCAAAAACGUCUGCGAAGACUAUGUCGAUGGUGCUGUCAAACAGGCUCUGCAGAUACACUUGCAACCGGAUGAUGGAGAUAUUUUGAUAUUCAUGCCUGGUCAAGAAGACAUUGAAGUAACUUGUGAGGUAUUGACAGAGCGGCUUGGAGACUUGGACACGGCGCCCCCGCUGACUGUUUUGCCGAUAUAUUCACAACUACCCGCGGAUCUGCAAGCGAAGAUAUUCCAACGUGCACCGCCCGGCCAACGGAAGUGCAUUGUGGCCACUAACAUUGCAGAAACAUCGCUGACUGUGGACGGCAUCAUGUACGUUAUAGACUGUGGCUACUGCAAGCUGAAGGUCUACAACCCAAGGAUCGGAAUGGACGCUCUGCAGAUAUACCCAGUGAGCCAGGCCAACGCCCGGCAGCGAGCCGGUCGAGCCGGGCGGACAGGUCCGGGCAAGGCAUUCUGUCUGUACACCCAGCGCCAGUUCCUCCACGAGCUGCUGCCAGCCACCGUACCCGAGAUCCAGCGCACCAACCUGGCUAACACGGUCCUGCUGCUCAAGUCCUUGGGCGUCGAGGACCUUUUGGCGUUCCACUUCAUGGAUCCGCCGCCCCAAGAUACUAUCCUAAACUCUAUGUAUCAACUGUGGAUCCUGGGCGCUCUCGACGGCACUGGAGCCUUGACACCCCUGGGCCGCCAGAUGGCAGAAUUCCCACUGGACCCCCCUCAGUGCCACAUGCUCAUCGUAUCUGCGGAGAUGGGCUGCAGCGCUGAAGUGCUCAUUAUCGUGUCAAUGCUGUCGGUGCCCUCGGUGUUUUACCGCCCCCAGGGUCGUGAGGAGGAGUCAGAUGCUGUCAAGGAGAAGUUCCAGGUGCCGGAGUCGGACCACCUUACCUUGCUACAUUUAUACAACCAGUGGAAGAGCAAUAAGUAUUCAAGUUCUUGGUGCACAGAACACUUCGUGCACGCGAAGGCGAUGCGCAAAGUGCGUGAAGUGAGGCAGCAGCUCAAGGACAUCAUGCAGCAACAGCGGCUGCCGCUUGUGUCCUGCGGCACUGAAUGGGACACCGUGCGCAAGUGUAUCUGCUCCGCGUACUUCCAACAAGCGGCUCGUCUGAAGGGCAUCGGCGAGUACGUGAACUGCCGCACGGGCAUGCCGUGUCACCUGCACCCCACGUCGGCGCUGUUCGGACUGGGCUCCUCACCAGACUACGUGGUCUACCACGAGCUCAUGAUGACCAGCAAGGAGUACAUGCACUGCGUCACCGCCGUCGACGGUCGCUGGCUUGCCGAACUGGGACCCAUGUUCUUCUCCGUCAAGGAGACUGGCAAAACAAACCGCGACAAACGUAAAGAAGCCGCUGUCCACUUGCAGCGAAUGGAAGAUGAGAUGAAAGUGGCAGAACAGAAGAUGGCGGAAGAGAAGAAAAGGAAGGACCAGGAUGUUCCCGUCAAGCAAGAAAUAGCGACCCCGGGACUGUCUACACCCGUCCGGACUCCGCAUAGACUGGGGCUGUGAUGUUGUGAUUCGUUGUGAUUCAUUAGUACAUUCUGUUAAUCAAAAACUAGAAUUGAAUUAUGCGAGAACUUAGUAUCAA